AGUGCUGACAAGGAGCACCAAAUAUGUGACACAGGCGUCCCAUGUAGCUGAAAUUCGGAGCCAAGACUACACCCGAGUGCAGAAAACUGCAUCUGAAACCUGUUUUCCUUGAAAUAAUCUGUGCGGUGCAUGGAAAAGAAACAUGCAAUGGCAGCUACAGACGGACAAAUUGUCAUAGCGGCGGCGCGAUGGAGUACCGAAGAGGUGCUCAGCCUGCGGGACUACGUGGCGCACGCCGACACCAACAACCAGCAGCCGCGCACCGAGGUGGUCAAGUUUGUGCGCGGCCAGUACGCAAGUCUGGGCGUGCCGAAUCUGCCCAACCCGAGUCUGCACCCGAACGCCAUCCUCACCAGCUUCGGCAAGACGCUCAAGGUGGCGGCGCAGAACGUCAAGUUCAAGGACGGCAAGCGGCACUGCGCCGUGGCCUCGGGGCUGCGCUUCUCCAUCCCCGAGUCCUACCCUGGCUACUUUGAGAUCCUCAGCGAGGAGGGCAAGGCCGUCCGCUGCAUCGAAAGCGUGCUUGAGUUGGCCAAGAAGUUCCCGGACUGCGUGCUCGUCCGAGAGAACAUCCGCGCCUUUGUGACGGCGGUGCCUCUGUUGGAAUUGAGCGCCGACAAGUCGCGCACCGUCAGCGCCGGCGAAAUCCUGACCCUGAAAAAAGAGGUUUCCCUGGCCGCCCGUUCGCGGUGCAACCGUUUUCUGCAGUGUCUGGACUCGAAAGGGGACAUUGUGUAUUUAAAUCUGGAGCAGCGGGGCAAAUUUAGCCCCAUCGCCCGGAACGACAACAUCAGUGGGGUCCACUCGCUGCGCCAACUGAUCACCAACAAGCGUUUGCCGCUGAUGGUCCGUCUCGUCUGGGGUCCUCCGCCCUUCAAGGGGACCUCCGGAGUGGCCCAGCCGUCUGAACUGCGACUCUUCUCUACCUUCGAGGAGGACUCGGUCUUUGCUUUACCAUUGGGCCACAGCUCCAAAGAUUCAACCACAGUCGUACCCCUGCCUUUGGGGUGCAAUCUGAAGUUGGUCCGGGCAAGGAAUCACGCCGAAAUUCGCCACAAGGAUAAUUUCCAGCGACUAGCUGGAGUCGCCGCCCGGAUGGCCAAGGAGAUCCACAGUCGGAUGACGGUGCUUGAAACCUUCAAGGACAGCAUCUCCUUCUGGAACAUUUCGCCGGGGCACAGCAAGUUCGCCGGAAAAGUUUCACCCAAGAAUUAUUUUCUCCGCCGCAGCAUUUCGCACGAGAGUCAAAUCGUCAUGUCGCCCGUAAUCAACGACCAGGUGCCGACCGAGAGCGUCGCCCCCACGCAGGACUUUUUGGAGAUCGAUCAGAUCUACGACUACGUCCGUGGAUUCGCACCACUUCCGAAAAACUUACGAGGCAGUAAUUUUGAGAAGCAGCCGGAGCAGCAGAAACCAAAACCGCCGCCCAUUGAGACCAUUCCGACUAACAAACUGAACGCGGCGGCCAAAGCCAAGCAGCCGGCCAAAGCAGAGAAUAAAAAGCCGUCAUCCAAAACCGCACUCAAGAUGGAGCGACACGCGCAAAACUUGGCGCAGGAGUCGUUGAAGUCCAAGAGGCUGUUCAAGUCGAAAACCACGUCCUCCAUAGCCGACCACCUUUACACUGCCGAGCCGGAGAAGAGCAGUGAGAAACCAGUCAUCGACCUGAGCUCAACCCACCUGCUGACGCAGGCAGACCUGGUGUCGCCCUCCCCGGCCAAGAGUGACAGCGACGACGACGACCCGACUUACGAAAACACGACGCAGGUGUAUCUGGAGAGCAGCGAGAAUACGAAGCAGCGCAUGUACGCGAGACAAAAGGCGACCAGCGAGAUCGGGCCGACUCUGCGCGAGACGUCGCCAUACAAAAAGAACAGCAGCAGCCAUAACGAAAGCUCAAGAAAUUUAAUUAUUAGGAACAAACACAAGAGGUCUUCGGCGGGCGACGGCACAAAGUCGUCUUCCAAGUCGCAUGAGGACCUGGCCACAAAAUGCCAAAGUCAACCCAAUAGUCCGUCCUCGAAUCCCGAGCAGCACCCGCUCUACAACUCGCUGUCCAAUCUGCGGCUGACGCCGCCGUCGACCGACAAUGACCGGCGACGCCACCUCAGCAAGCAGCGCUCGCUGUCCAGCCUGCUGGCCGAGGCCAGUCCCAACACCCCGGUGAUAGAGCACAAGCCUGUCGAGCUCCAUUUGCAUCUCAGCCGCAACGGCAACCAAAAACACCACACCAAGAGCAAAGCCUCAAAGCUGGGCAUCAUGUACUUGUAAAUAUUUCUAUGAAAACAGAGAUUGAUUCUUUUUUUUUGAGGUAGUCAAAGUGUAAUUUAAUCGCGAUUUGAAUAUAAUAUAACUGAGAAAUUUGUCAACAAAAAAAUGAUAUAACAAAAUUCGGAAAUGUACAUUUUUAAGAAAAUUAUUUAUAUAAUAUGUUGGAAAAAUAUUGCCAUAACCGACCGGAAAAAAGUUUUAACAAUAAACAUGCCUAGAAAAUUAUGAUAAUAAUUGUGAUAUCCAUUAACACAGUAAAAGUGUCAAAAUAUUGAUAAAGUUUGUAAUAAAGGUAAAUCUAAAAAUUGA